AUGUUAUUUGUUCCUUUUUUCUUACAGGAAACUGGUCAUUGUAUACCUGCUGGUAAACCUUUGGACACUAGCUAUAUUGACUGGAUACGCAUGGGUACCACUGUAGCAACUAAUGCCCUACUAGAACGCAAAGGAGAAAGGAUUGCCUUGGUUAUAACAAAGGGCUUUAAAGAUUUGUUAUAUAUUGGUAAUCAGUCCAGACCAAACAUCUUUGAUUUAGAGAUAACUACACCUGAAGUUUUAUAUGAAGAGGUCAUUGAGGUUGAGGAACGAAUGCUGUUGAAACAAGAUAAAUGCAAAUUGGAGCUGGAUUGUAAAGUUGUCACAGGUAUUACAGGGGAAAAGUUACAUGAAUGGUCAGAAAUAAACACCAAGAAACUAAAGCAGGACCUGGAAACUGUCUAUGGUCAAGGAAUUAAAAGCCUUGCUGUCAUUCUUAUGCAUUCUUACAUCUAUCCAAAUCAUGAAAAACAAGUAGAAAAAAUUGCCCAAGAAAUUGGUUUUGAACACAUUUCUUUGUCAUCUGAUGUAAUACCAAUGGUCAAAAUUGUUCCCCGAGGUUAUACAGCCUGUGCUGAUGCUUAUCUAACUCCAUGUGUGAAGAAAUACAUUGCCAGCUUUGCGGAAGGUUUCAAAGACCAGUUGAAGGGUAUUCAGACAUUGUUUAUGCAAUCCGAUGGCGGUCUCACACCCAUGAACAAGUUUAAUGGUGCUCGAGCUAUUCUAUCUGGUCCUGCUGGAGGAGUUGUUGGUUAUGCUAUGACGGCCUACAAGAAAGUAUCGGAUCUUCCAGUUAUUGGCUUUGACAUGGGAGGUACAUCUACAGAUGUCAGCCGUUAUGCUGGACAAUAUGAACAUGUCUUUGAGUCUACCACAGCUGGAAUCACUAUUCAAGCACCACAGUUGGAUGUCAAUACAGUUGCAGCUGGAGGUGGAUCCAUCCUAUAUUUUAGAUUCGGAUUAUUUGUUGUUGGUCCAGAAUCUGCUGGAGCACACCCUGGACCAUUGUGCUACAGAAAAAACGGUCCCUUGACUGUUACUGAUGCUAAUUUGUGUCUCGGUCGAAUCCUACCUGAGUAUUUCCCUCACAUCUUUGGAGAGUCAAAAGACCAACCACUUGAUAAAGAAGCUACCAUAAAUGCUUUUCAUAAAUUAACAACUGAGGUAAAUAAUUUUACUUUAGAUCAGCAACCUGGCAGUAAUACAAUGAGUAUGGAGGAGGUUGCUAUGGGUUUCAUUCGGGUUGCUAAUGAAGCUAUGUGUCGUCCCAUUAGAGCUCUCACCCAGGCUAAAGGCUAUGAUACUUCUCAGCAUAUACUAGCUUGUUUUGGUGGUGCAGGAGCUCAACAUGCCUGUUCCAUUGCUCAGUCACUGGGUAUUUCAGAAAUCUUCAUACACAAGUUUUCAGCAAUACUUUCAGCAUAUGGAAUGGCACUAGCUGAUGUAGUCCAUGAAGAGCAAGUUCCUUGUGCCAGUAUUUAUGAACCAGCUACAAUUUCUUCCAUUGAUCAACAAAUAAUGACUUUGAUACAGAAAUGUAAAGAUGCCCUAAAGAAACAAGGAUUUACUGAAGAUCAAAUUUCUACCCAACCAUUUCUACACAUGCGUUAUGAGGGCACAGACUGUGCAUUAAUGUGUUCCAUGGAAGACUUCCCUCAGCACAAAAGCAGCAGUCAAUAUGGAGAUUUUAAACAAUCAUUUCUAAGCCGUUACAAAAGAGAGUUUGGCUUUGUACUUGAUAACCGUCCCAUCAUUAUUGAUGACAUCAGAGUUAGAGGAACAGGAUGUAGUAUGACCGAGUACUGUCCACAACUCAGCAAUGGGAGUGACAAACCAAAGCCUAUGAAAUGCGUUCCAUGUUAUUUUGAAGGUGGCUAUCGUCAAACCAAUGUCUACCUACUAGAUACACUCAAGUCUGGACAUCAGCUUGAAGGACCUGUUAUAAUUAUUGAUAAAAAUAGCACCAUUAUCGUUGAACCAGACUGUUCUGCUAGAAUCACACCACAUGGAGAUGUGAAAAUCCUGAUUGGUUCUUGUAAGAGUAAAGCAGUUAGUACCCAGUUAGAUGCCAUCCAAUUGUCAAUAUUCUCUCAUCGAUUCAUGAGCAUUGCUGAACAAAUGGGAAGAGUUUUACAACGAACAGCAAUUUCCACUAAUAUCAAGGAGCGCUUGGAUUUCUCCUGUGCUUUGUUUGGUCCUGAUGGCGGGUUGGUUUCUAAUGCCCCACACAUUCCAGUUCAUUUAGGAGCCAUGCAGGAAACAGUCCAGUAUCAGAUGAAGGCUUUCAAAGAUAAUCUUCAUCCAGGAGAUGUGCUCCUUAGCAACCACCCUCAGGCAGGUGGCAGUCAUUUGCCAGAUCUAACAGUUAUCACUCCGGUGUUCUACCCUGAUGAAAGCCAACCUGUCUUCUAUGUUGCUAGCCGAGGACACCACGCUGACAUAGGAGGCAUCACUCCUGGUUCAAUGCCACCACAUUCCACUUCCAUAGAUCAAGAAGGAGCUGUUUUCAAAUCUUUCAAACUUGUUUCUGGAGGAAAAUUUCAAGAGAAAGUGCACUGAAGUCAGGAUCCUGCUUUGAAGAGGAUUAGAGGCAUUGAACUGGUGUUGGAGUUGAUUGACUAUUAUUCCUUAAGAGUGGUACAGGCCUAUAUGAAACACAUUCAGAAAAAUGCUGAAAUUGCUGUCAGUGAUAUGCUUCAUUCUAUUGCCAAAGAGACAAGAAAACGUACUGGAAGCACUCAGCUGUUUGCUGAGGACUUUAUGGAUGAUGGGUCAUGUAUUCGACUGCGAGUUAAUAUAAAUGAGAGCAAGGGGACAGCAGUAUUUGACUUCACUGGCACAACACACCAGGUACAUGGCAACUGUAAUGCUCCCCGGGCCAUAACACUAUCAGCACUCAUCUACUGUCUCCGCUGUAUGGUUGGUCAUAACAUUCCAUUGAAUCAGGGCUGCCUGGUACCAGUGAAGACAAUCAUACCCAAAGGUAGUAUUCUUGACCCAUCAGAAACAGCUGCAGUUGUUGGUGGUAAUGUCCUCACCUCCCAGAGAAUUGUAGAUGUCAUUCUAAAAGCUUUUCAAAUAUGUGCUGCUUCUCAGGGUUGUAUGAACAACAUAACGUUUGGAGACCAAGACAUAGGGUACUACGAAACAAUUGCUGGAGGUGCUGGGGCUGGUCCAGGCUGGAAUGGUCGAAGUGGAAUCCACACCCAUAUGACUAACACAAGGAUUACUGAUCCAGAGAUUCUAGAACGUAGAUAUCCUGUUGUAUUACAGAACUUUUCUUUAAGUCCUGGGACUGGAGGAGCUGGAAAAUUCAGAGGUGGCGAUGGCAUCACAAGAGAACUUUUAUUCCGCAAAGACAUUCAGGUGUCAGUUCUGACUGAAAGGCGAGUUUACCACCCCUAUGGACUGAAAGGAGGUCAGCCAGGUCAGCGAGGAAGUAACUUAUUGUUUUAUAAAGAUGGUCGAGUUGUAAAUCUUGGUGGCAAGACAUCUGUCCAUGUGACAGCAGGAGAUAUGUUGAGCAUAGUGACACCUGGUGGUGGAGGAUAUGGUGUGCCUUUAAGUGAUUCUGUACAGUCCCAUAAUAUUUCAAGCAGACAUGGUUGUGGUAAUGAGAAUGAAGAUAAUGAAGUUGCAAAGAAGAAACUUUGUAAAGGACAGCAAUAUGCAACAAAGGGGAGUGUUUAUAACUAUAAACUUGCCCAAGAGUCUGCAUAAUUCUUUCUGUGCAUUUGAAUUGUAUUAAUAAAAUUCUUGUUAUUAUUGUUAUCAA